UUCUAUCGCGUACUCAAUUUCACGACCAAAUCGGAAAAAUCUCGCGGAACAAAAAAAAAACCCGUCAAUUUCAAACCGUCUGUCGGAAGUUCGGAGAGUUCAGCGGCCAAGGAGUAGACAAGAUGGCGUGCGUGGCCUUGGCGGCGGUACUCGUGCAGCUGAUUAUGGUGAUGACCAGCUGGGGUGGUGGAGUGUCGGCGCAGUUUGCAGGACCGACGCUCGCCUGCGGGGGCACUUCGCUGCUCAAAAUGACCACAUUGAUCUCGCCGGCCCAGAUUGGCACUAAUGGGGGCUCCGCCAGCAGCUGCACCUACACCAUUCGGGCCAUGAAUCUGCGCGUCUGCCAGCUCCGGCUAGACUUUAACACGUUCAAUCUGGCCCAACCGACGGCCGAUCCGUACCCGAGAUGUGUCAACGACGUGCUGACGAUUGAGAACAUGGAUUUCCAUUUGUGUGGCGCCAACGAUGGGCAGCACAUUUACGUGCCCUUUUCCCCGACCUACAACGACAUGACAAUGACCAUCGACUUUAAGCUGGCGGGACGUACCCUCGGAGAGCAGGCCCCGUACUGGAACAUCCGCGUCCAGCAGCUUGAGUGCCCCGUUGGACCAGCCUUCGCGUCCAAACUGGCCAACCGCUUCAUCCCGGAAAUUCCACCACCCUCCGGCAAAACCUUCAGCAACGAUUUGGCCACGCUGGCACCGACGGGUUGCUUGCAGUACUUCACGGCCCCAACCGGCACGAUCAAGUCGUUCAACUUUGGCCCGGGACCGUACAUCGGAGACACCAACUAUGCCAUCUGCUUCCGGCGGACCCGGGCCAACCGGAUAUUGAGUCUGCACGCGGACGUCUUCGAUCUUGGCUAUGUCGAAAUGGGUGGCAUGGAGUGGACCGAUAACGAGUGCUACUCGAACGUGCCUACCCCUGCACGAUCCGAGGACUACCUGUUCAUCCAGGAUGGUCAUUACGUCGCCGCGGGUGGAAUCACGCGAAGGGCUAGUCGGUUCUGUGGCCAAAGCAUAAUCCAAAACACAGUGGAAACAUCCUCACCGGGACCAUUCGUGGUGUACUUCAACAGUGACAAGCUCAUUGAAGCGUCUCGUGAGAUGGGAUUCCACAUCACGUACGAAAUCGUCUAAUGGCAGAACAAACACAAACAAAACCCCCGUUUUCAAUCAAUCUUUGGCCUAGAAUAAUAACGAAUACUUAGCAUGCUGAAGAUAUGCACCGUUUACUCCACUACUCAUUUGUUGUCUCGUCUUUGUAUGUUUAAAUGAUUUUGCAUUUAAAAGUGUUAUUUUUUAAAUGAUUAUUGAAAAGAAAUAGACAGAAAGCAGUGCUGCCACCUUGCCAAACAAUCGAAUAGUAUUUCAUAAGAGUGUCCUCUAAUAAAUGGUAGCUGUUAGAUCAUAAACUAAGAUUUCGAAAUAAUAUACAUUCCCCGAAUCUGUUGUCGUACUAUUUAAACAAGUGUCGAAACUUUGAGAGAGUUGACAUAAUUACGCGUCUUACUAUAUUCAAUCCGUUGGCAAUUCAAUACUUAACCCUUUGGUGG